UAAAACAUGGCGGAAAAAAGAGAUUGAUCAGAAAAGAAGUCCAAAAUUUCAUAUAGCCUUCAAGAUUGUAUUCCAAGAAUGACUUCGCUUCCUGAUUAUAAACAAAUGGAGAUGAAUGUGAUGAAUUUGAAGAAGUUAAGUGUAUUGAAAAAGCAACAAGAAAUGAAAUAUAUUUCUACUUCAUCAUAUUCUGAGCGCCCCAAAAAAGACACGGAUGCUGAGCUAGAAGAUGAUAAACUUCUAUCACAAGAAGAGAAUAUAAGUCAUCAUCAGACACUUUCUCCUCAAAGAGAUGAACCAAUUCUGCAUGCUGAGACUGUAAAAGUUGAAGAUCAAAGUACAGCAAAGAAGCUCAGUUCUUUUGAUCGUCCUCAAUACUUAAAUGAUAAAUCUCAGCCUUCUUAUCAAAGUCUAAGAAGCAACUAUCAUCGAAAUGGCUCUCUAUUUCAAGAUCAUCCUAAUUCAACUACUCAAGAUCACUUUGCCACUGCCAAGCCAUUACUAAGAGAUGUUGACGAAGAAGAAAGCAUUCGAGAACUUGAUGAAUAUCUUGGAGACCACGAGCACUGCCACAGAAACCCUGAUGCAAUGAGUUUCCAAGACCGCCAAUCUACUGGACAUUGGAGUUCAACUAGGCAUCCUGAAGCAAGAAGGACCGAAUCGCUACAGAGUUAUUAUCCUCAUCAAGAUAGACAGUAUCUCAGCAAGGCUGAUAAUUAUGAAAACCUUCGUAAUUAUCAGAAAAAUCCAGAGCCUAAUUAUCACUCUGUCAAGAAUUCUGAGUGAUUCAACAGUUGUAGCAAACAAUCAGAUCCUGCCAGAAAUCUCAAAGACCAGUUUUAUCAAUCAAUUAAGGUUCCACAACAGCCUUACAGCUCAGAUAACCAAGGCUUAACAAGCCUGUCUCACUUGCUUUCCAGUUCACAUGACUGGAAGAACAUUCAAGAAGUUGUUAGAAUUGCUUUUAAAUAUGUCACUGAUUCUUUCAACUCUCAGCAAAACCAGCUGAAGUACUUAUAUUCAGAGCUAGACUCUAAAGCAUCUAAGAGUGAGCUCAGCUCCAGACUAUCAAACAAAGCUAGUCAAAGCGAUAUUAACAAGUGCUACGCAGACUGUGCAAAGCUGAUUGAGACCAAGCAAGAUAUCUCCGAUUCCAAUCUCACAAACAGCGACUGGAACAAAAUAGAGCAACAGUUCAUUGAUAAGUCACAAAUCAUUGACAUCACUGAGAAAGUUAGAAAGCUUGAGCAGCUUUGGACUGUAGAAACUCAAACCAAAGAUCUUAGGAAAGAUCUCACAGAGGUUCAGGACGGCUAUAGUCAAUUCAUCAAAGAUACCAAAGAAAAGCUUGCCAACAUACAGAGAGAAAUGAGUGAUUUUGUUGUGACAGACACUUUCCAAAAAGCACUUGAAAGUAAAGCCAACAAACACAGUGUGGCUACGGCUUUGCACAGAAAAGCCAACAAGAAAGAUAUCGAAGAAGAAUUCAAGAAACUUAUUAGAAACAAUGAGUUUAACCAGAUUAUUCAGUUACUUGAAAACAAAGCAUCCAACGAUGACAUUGACAGGAUAGAAGCAAUGAUUGAUGACCAGGUGCGAUCAGAAACUAUCGAUGAGCUGAGACAGCAAAUCAUGACCAAAGCUACAACUGAAGAGCUAGAAGAAAUACUUGAAAAGCAAGCUCAAGACAAAGAGGCAAAUUAUGCUCAAGUUUUGUCAACAACUCAGAGCCAGCUUUCUUCUCUGACUGACAACAUCAACUCGCAAUUUGAGUAUCUUCGAGAAGAUUUUUACGAGAAGCUGGCGACCAAAAUGGACUCGUCUUCGAUCCUUGAGUUGACCACAAAGCUUUCGAAGAAAACAGCCCAGCCCAAGAAUGUAGUCGAACUCUGUGAGAAAUAUAAGAAGCAAUUCAGUAGCGCCCAUGAGCUGUUCGAGCAAAAGUGCAAAGCUGGCUUACAGCAAAUUCGAGAUUUACCUGAUAAAGUGUCAAAGAAUAAUUCAGCUGUAUUUUCAGAACUAGAUAGACUUCAAAACCAGAGAGAUCAGGACCUGGGUCAUUUGAAGGAGACUAUUGAGCAACUUUACGAAGAGAGUGAGAAAGCAGUAAAGCAGCAUGAGUAUCAAGGUAUCAUUGAUGACAUCAAAAAUUUGGGCAAGUCCUUGCAGGAAAUCGAAGGUGUGAUGAUGAAAGAGAUAUUCUCAAAAAGUGGUACUCUAAGUAGUCAAAUUGAUUUGAAGAGAUCUAUUCUGAGCCCUAAAGGAGAAGAUGAAAAUAUUAUGCAAGAACUCAACAGCAAACAGAAUAAUGAUCAUAUAGAGAUUCAAGAAUUUCAAAAGCAAAAGAAUUCAUCAAAUAGUAAUAUAAAUUCUUUAAGAACUGAUAUUGAAAAAGAGCUAAGUAGGCAAAAAGAAGAAACAAUUGACACUAUUGAAUCAGCCAAAGCUGAAAUAUAUGAAAACCUCGAUGAAAUCUUGCAAAACCACGUAAACGCCUUACAGGAAGAAAAGUUAUUACUCCUCGAAGAGGACCAUGGAGAGCUAUCAUCUCCCAAAUCUGGCACUGGCCUCGACAACAAUUUCUCUGAAGACUCAAAACCACCCCUUGCUCAUAUGGAGAGUCACUCAACUAGUAGAGCCGGUCGUGACAAUCAUUAACUGCAAAUAUUAAGAACUUG